ACCAGUUGACGCUGAUUUGCAGUUUUAUUUACAGCCAAAUUCUUUAGAAUAUGGACGAAAAACUGGUGUUACAAUUUUAAAGUCAAAUGGUGCUUCAGAUCCAGAAGUUAUGGCUUUAUCAAGACAUAAAACUAUUAAAGGAUUAGCAGCAUAUGAACGACCUUGCGAAGUUUUACAAGAAAUUAAUAAUCAAUUAAAUCAACCCAAAAAUUUCACUUUGGCUCUUUCUUUUUAUCAAGAAUCGCAAAAAAUUCACCAAGAUAACCAAAAUAAUAAUUUUGUUGAACAUAACAGUUCUGUACAACAAACUUCGAUAAACGAAA